AUGGAGGAUCGGAUACAGAAUGGCUCCGGCAACACCCCGUCCGCUACCGCGGCCGAGCCGCGAGACCUGGUUCCUCCUCCUCCUCCUCCAGGGCGCACUCUCCUGCCAGCCCCCGUCGCCACCGCCAUCAGCCUGUGGACGCGCUCCACCAGCCUCGCGCUUCGAGUCGGCACCGUGAUUGGCGGCUAUGGCUUCGGCGCGGCCAAGGCGACCACCCUGUCCAGCCUCGAGAUCGGCCGUGGCAUUAUAGAAGGCAUUCUGCACCGGGCCGGAUCCGAGUCCCUUUCCAGGUCCAACUCAGAUCUGGGCAGGGCUGAUGCAGAGACCAUCAUGGAACGGAGCCUCGAGAGCCUGCACAUCGCGAUGUCCCAGGUCGUCUUCUGGACCACCGCCGGCUUCAACCUGACCACCACAACCCUAUCUGCCAUCUCCGAGGUGUCUCAGUUGACUCUGUCCUAUCUUGACUCGAUUCUCGGCUCGACAGAGUCCUCGAGAGCCAUCGCUAGCAUUAUCACUCUGAUACGGCGCGAGUUUAACAACCCAGCUACCGGCCAGCCGGGCGAGCACGUUGGGGUCUUUGAUCUCAUCGUUGGCAUGGUGGGGUUGGCAUAUUUCCAGGGAUGGGCCUGGAGGCUCAUUGUGCAGGAGAACCAGCGCCUGCAGGUCGACGAGAUACUAUGGGAUGUCGUGAUCAUUAACGACGAAGAAACGCUGGAUUACAGCAAGGUUGAGGAUGGGAAGCAAGUUGAUAGCAAUGGACUGGAGCCAGGGCCUAACGAGAAGGUGAUACAGACCAUCCAGCAGCACGAUGCCGCUGACAGCAGCGACGGUGAAGACGAUCUCCCCGAAAUACGGCUCAAGCAGCAGAUCAUGCGUACCCUACCAGCUGGUGCCAAAGUAUCAAUCAUGACUGAGACCAAGACUACCAAGACCAUCACUGUCGACGUGUCUGGCACACAGCCCAGCGCUCUGGCACCACCUGCGGGUGUUGAGCUUAUUGAAGAGACCCGUCUGCGGCCGGUCUCGUCUCAAGGGAACCGUCGUUGGUCGAUAUCAUCAGAUCAGCUUCUACAGGGAUCAAGUCCCCUCGAUUCUACUUAUCGGGUUGUCUACCGAGUUAACAAAAACAAGCUCAGAAGCACGGAGAUGGCCAGGGGCGCUGAGGAAGUCGAGGUGCCUCGGUUCGUGGAGCAGAUUGACUCGGAUACCGAACAAAUCUUUGACGACCAGGUGGUUUCUGAUGAGGAGAAGGAGGACUUACCGCCCUCGCCGCCUCCGAAGUCUCCACGCCAUGACACCUGGGCCGAAGAACUUCCGCCAGCGGCUGAGAAACCACCUGUUCGUUCCCGCUCAAAGAAGGGUCGAAAAUCUCCUGGUCUCAGUCGCAAAGCAAGCGUCGACAAGACCUCACAGAUACCCCUACCAAGGCAGAGCCCGGAGACUUCUGCAAAUCAAAAACGACCGAGGAUGCCAGUAUCACCUCCGGCCUCGACGAGCAGUAUCGAGAAUCCACGCAAGAAGCAGCAGUCGAUGUCGAAAUUGUUGUCGAAGAAGACAAAAGGUGACACAACACCGCCUGGCUCAGCGAAACCACCAAACGAGAAGAAAGGAGGCCUGCGCAAUGUUCUGAAAAAGGGUUCAGGAACCACACUGGCCAGUCUCGUCGCCAAAGAUGGGAAGGAUGCUGUGUCCUCGAACACACCAGUGGCCCCAAAGGGGAAGCAGCAGCCCGUGAAAGAUCUACGUCGUGGGCCAGCGCAGCUCCAUCAGAAGCCGACAUCGUCCACUACAAAAAAGCAGCUGUCUGUCCCAAAUCGUGACUCUUCUAUGGUCCCAAGGCGAGAAGCACCUCGCCCGCCUCACGGAGGAGCGCCCAGGAAUCCACUCACAUCACGAGCACUCGCCGAAUACGAAGCCAGCGGCGCAGUACCACGUAGUCCAUCUCGAGCAAGUUACAUAUCUAUCCACGAGCGGAGGCGGGACUCGCUAGUCUCGCAGACGGACACUUUCUCUAUCCAUUCUGUAGAGCCUCAUCUUCGACCCGUAUCGCCUGCCUACAACCGCAGCCCCAUAUCCAAAUCCAAAUCGGAAAGAGAUAUUGUCGACAGACAGCUGCCUCCACCGUCGCCCUCGCGAAACCAUAGACGAGUCGUGUCUCAAACAUACUCACCAAGUAUAUAUACGCUGAAAACUGCAGGUUCUCAAAUGUCUCUCGUACCAUACCACCAUCGCAGCCCCUUUGGCGAUGCCGAGGCUCUUGCUACACUCCGUCGCACAGGUAGCAUCGACACGACAUUCCCACGCUUCCACCUCCUUCGAAACAUCACGCGCUACAUGCGAUUUUCCUCCGCCUCCUACGGCUCCAGCUUCCUCAAGGUCUUCGGCAUAUCCAAGUCGAUGCCACCCGUGCUCAAGGCCCUCGACGAUACCCACCACGAACUCCGCAUGUUUGCCCAUCACACCCAAUCUCAGCCUCAAUCUAUUCUAUUAUCGUCUUUUGUUGAUCCUCAGGGCGGUAGUGACUCUUCAGGGGCGACCGAGACAGGCGUGCCACUUGUGCACUAUGUCUCCCUGGAUGACGAGUCGAAAGCCGUCGUAUUGGCCUGCCGUGGGACACUGGGAUUUGAGGACGUCCUGGCCGAUAUGACAUGCGACUACGACGACCUCGUCUGGCGUGGGAAGAGCUACAAGGUCCACAAGGGGAUCCAUGCCUCUGCGAAAAGACUCUUAUACGGCGGCGACGGAAGGGUGCUGGUCACCAUCAAGGCCGCCCUCGAGGAGAAUCCAGACUACGGACUCGUCCUCUGCGGCCACUCCCUCGGCGGCGCCGUCACUGCCCUGCUAGGCGUCAUGCUCAGCGAGCCGAUAGACGGCGGCACGUCCUUCGUGACGUCCGACGAGCCGCACAGCCGCCUCCUGACAUACCCGGGCUGCCCCACACCCGACGCCACCUCGCAGCAGCAGCGGCAGCCACACAUCUGCCUACCGCCCGGCCGCCCGAUCCACGUCUACGCCUACGGCCCGCCGGCGACUAUGUCGCCGUCGCUGCGCACCGCAACGCGUGGACUGAUCACCUCAGCCGUGCACGGGCAGGACCUGGUGCCGUACCUGUCACUCGGGGUACUGCACGACUUCCAAGCGGUGGCGCUGGCGUUCAAGACGGACAACGCGGAGGCCAAGCAGGAGAUCAAGCAGCGCGUGUGGGAGGCGCUGCAGGGCGGACUGAUGGACAAGUGGCGCGGUGGCGGCGCGGCGGCGGCAGGCGGCAGCGGCAGCAGGAAUAGGGCCGCGGGCGCCGUCGAGGACGAGGAGUGGGCCUUUGCCGCGUUCAAGACGCUCCGCGCCAGCAUGAUGAGCGAGAAGCUCCUCCCUCCCGGGGAGGUGUUUGUCGUCGAGACGGAGAAGGUGCUGCGGAGGGACGCGUUCGUGGGAUCUGACGGUGGUGGUGGGCCGCAGCAGCAGGACGGUGAGAAGGGAAAGCAGCAGCAGCAACAGAAGUCGUUCAAGUAUGUCGGCCGCCCCGCCAGGAGGAUCGUACUCAAGUAUGUCAGGGACGUGGAGGCGCGGUUCAGGGAGGUACGGUUCGGUGCCACCAUGCUUACGGACCACAACCCUGCCAAGUACGAGGACGCGCUCGAUGGGUUGCGGUUUGGGGUUGUUGAGUCUUGA